CAAGGAUCAGACCGACGGAAAACACCAGCCUAUCAGAGGUGCCAACCUAGCCAGGCAAGUUGCCCAGUUGAAGCAUCACAAGCAGUACUUUCACACACCCCUUUUCGAUAUGCGGUUCCUCGCAUACGCGACAGCCGCCCUAGCCGCGGCCCCGAGCGCGGCGCACGCCAAGGCGGUGCUCUUGCCCCGCGCGGCGGCCCUGUCCGCCUCCCCCUCCUCGGCAAGCCCGGGCGCUGGCAUGCUCGCCAUCGCGCUCGGGCGUCGUCAAGACACGGAUGCCGAGACCACCGCCACCACCACCGCGACCGCCGUGCUAGCCGUCACCACCACCACGACCGCCAGUAUCGUCAGCACCGUGACCGCCGUGCUGGCCGUCACCAAGACCGAAAGCGGGAGCUGCAACUGCGCGGUCGGCAACAAUGUCACCACCGCCACCACGACCGUCAUGGCCGCCCUGCCCGCCGUCACCAAAACCAACAACGCCACCGUGACCGUGACCGCCACCCCAAGCGGCGGCGGCGUCGUCAUCAUCAGACCACCCAUCUUCUCGCCGACCAGCAAGUCCGGGUCCUAUUGCUGCCUCGAGGGCUUCAUACCCCAGGCGAUGCCCACGGGCGACCGGCACAUGGUGGUGAACGUGUGGACCAAGGGCUGGGGCGACGAGCCUGAUGGAUGCCACAAGGGACUGCUCGACAACCUGAAGCCGUUGUCUGGUGGCCUGCACAUGCUGUUCAAGUGCCGGGUCGACGCGCUGGGCGGCGACGGCAGCGCACGAGUCCAAUUCAGUAAAGUUCUCACUGCAGGCAGCGACUCCAUCACCCAGGCCAUCGAGGUCGCGUCGCCCGGCCGCAAGGACGCCGGGGUCCACUGCCAGAUGGGCUGCCCGCGCGAGCAGCUGUGGGACGGGGUCACGAGCGGGUGGCUGACGUGA